UAUUGCUACGUUCUCGACUGUGAUUGGCUGUGAUUCGCUUAUUGUUUAAAUUUUUUUAUUGUUUACGUUUUUUUUGUGCCAUAAAAUGCGAUCCAUUUGGUGCUACAAAACAUUCAAUGCUUCAAAACAUUUUUGAUUGCAUCUUCCCUCCUCCUGCCUCCAAGGUAUAUAAUGACACGAAGAUUCCAGAAGAUUGAAAGUUGUCGAUUUAGCAUUGAGUUUAACCGUUUUGUUGUUAUGUAAUAUAAUCGAAUAAUAAACGUGAAAAGAAUGGAUGCAAAUAAAACUGCCACCCAAAUUGAAGCCGACAAGAUGCCCAUAUCUAAAGAUAAGAUAAAAUAUGAGUGGUAUCAAACAGAGACUCAUGUUAUUAUAACGAUAUUUGCUAAAAAUACAGAAAAUGUGAAAAUCAUUUAUGGAGAAAGUACUUUAAGUGUAUCUGCCAAGUUGCCAUCUGGCAAUGAAUAUAGUUUAGAAUUAGAUUUGGCUAACUUUAUAGUGAUAGAACAAUGUUCAUACAAAGUAUGGCCAUCUAAGAUAGAAAUUAAAUUAAAAAAACAGAAGGAUAUUAAAUGGAUGACACUAGAGGGAGAUCCAGUGCAAUGUACAGUAAAACCUAUACCAAAAGAAAUACUCCAAGCUCCAAGAGAACAACCGUUUAAAUAUCCAAGUUCUUGUAAAAUACCAAAAGAUUGGAAUAAGGUAGAAAAAGAAAUAGAACGACAAGAGGCAGCAGAAGAAACUGAAGGUGAGGCUGCAGUGAAUGCUCUCUUCCAAAAGAUAUAUGGUAAUGGAUCAGAUGAAGUAAGGCGCGCAAUGAAUAAGUCCUUUCUAGAAUCUGGUGGAACUGUCUUAAGUACAAAUUGGGAAGAAGUAGGACGAAAAACGGUUGAGAGAAAACCACCAGAUGGAAUGGAAUGGAAAUCAUGGAAUUCAUAACUUAUAAUUUCUUAAUUAUUUUAUUUUUGCAUGCAAUGAUCGUGAUUAAUCCUCACAAUUAUCAUCUAUUAUCUAAUUAUCUAAAAAUUUUAGUAAUAAAAAUCUAUGUGUUGAUUAUUCACUUGGAACAGAUAUCUUUUUGUAUGUAUUGUGACAUAAUACUCAACUCAAUAAUAAUUUGCAGUUUACAAAAUCUUGAAUGGCUAAAUAAGAUAUAUAAAAUCAUUUAUUAAUAUAUAUAUUUACAGUUUACAUUACAAUGUAAUAGAUGAUUUAACAUAUAGAUUUACAAUUGACAGUUAUGAUUAUAUAAUAUUAUAACACAUACAAUAUCUAAAAAUAAAUCUUUACAUUUUGUCUCAGUUAUAAAG